UGUGCAUACAUCUCGCUCGGAAAUUCAUGUACUAAAGCACAUACAUCGCACGCUUUAUCAUAGACCACUUCUGUGUCUAAGCCCGCCUCUGACUAGAGGCACGACUUCGACGCCACCUGAUUCUCCCCGCAUUGCCAUCCAAGCUCUACCCUUCGACCUACUCUUACGCUCUUACGACACUUAACGGACGAAUCAUCCUACAUUUAGGACUCAGAAACAAUGAACUCACGAGAUGCACUGUGGGCCGAAGGGCAUGAUGAGACAGUUGAGGUGAAUCAACGCGCACUUAUAGACAAAGUGCUGGCUCGAUAUUCCGGAGAAUUCACUGUCUUCCGAGAGCUGCUUCAGAACUCAGAUGAUGCGGCCGCACACUCUGUCGAGAUACAUUUCGAGACGAAGGGCUACCUGGAGCGAAACAAACAAGAGCAGGCCUCUAUCGUGACGGGUUCGAUAUCAACACUUCCUGAUUUGAAAACCUCACUCAUCCACCAAUGGUCAUUCAAGAACAACGGUAUGGUUUUCCGGGACGAGGAUUGGAAUCGACUGAAGAAGAUAGCCGAAGGCAACCCGGACGAGGAGAAGAUAGGCGCUUUUGGAGUUGGCUUCUACAGCUUGUUCUCGGUUACGGAGGAACCGUUUGUUACGUCGGGUGGACAAUGGAUGGGAUUUCAUUGGAAGGACAAGAAAGACCAGCUCUUUGCUCGAAGAGGAUCUCUCCCGGAUUCGGACGAGUCUGCACCGGACCCUUGGACCACAUUCGAGAUGUCCCUGCGGGAACCUGCGCCCAUGCCUGCCGCCUUUGAUUUUACUCGAUUCCUAGUCAAUUCGAUCACGUUCAUGUCACACCUCAACGAAGUCAGCGUCUUCUUUGACGACAAACGUCUCGCGCGACUGACAAAAGCGAGCGGCAGUCCUGAUAACGUCCCCCUCCUGCGAGGGCUGAACGGUCACAGUCCUCAGGGCAUCAUGAACGUCAAAGGCAUCCAGAAAACCCCUUUGGAUAUCAGAGCAGAAGUAAUGCGCUGGGUUUACUCCGUUGGUAGCGAAAAGCCUCUUCCUGUAACGUCGAAGCCCGCAAAAUCCCAAGGCGGUGGCUUUUUCUCUUCUUUGUUCGGCCUUGGUUCUUCGACCCCACAACGUGCAGUCACACCCCAGCCAGUCACUCCAGCUCCCGACAUUGACCUGACCGAGAUCAACGAAUCAAGUGUUCGACUGUCCAUUUUCGCUGCCAAUGUCGAUGUUAGGCUGGACAAGAAGAUGACUGCCGAACUCCUUCGCUCGACAAAGAAGAACCCGCCGAGCAAGGUUAAAUUUGAGCUCAUAUACACAGGAAAAGACGAGUACGAGGCAAGCGUGCAGGCCGAGAACAAGAUACAGUUCGCCACGGGCAGCGUGUUUCAAGGUCUUAGAGCUGAUCUUACUGGAUCUGGAUCUGCGCGAAUUUUCAUUGGCCAUUCUACGGGACAAACUACCGGCAUAGGUGGCCAUAUGGCCGCCCGUUUUAUCCCAACGGUCGAGCGAGAAUCUGUGGAUCUGGUCGAUCGCAACGUAGCAGUCUGGAACAAAGAAUUGCUAUACGUCGGAGGAUUCCUUGCUCGAUCCGCAUACGAACUCGAAUUAUCCGACAUCAAGAGGCGAUGGGAAGGCGCAUCAUCCGGGAUCGACAAACGCCCCGACCCCGACAUCCAGACGUGGCUACAGGGUCGAGCGCUACAUGCUCUCAAGUUUUUCACCUUUCAUCUCUCGACACCAUCAUCCGUCGUAUCCAGCCUGAUGGAAGCGGCUUUCUUCUCGUGCGCGACAGCUCAUGCCUUUGCCAUGAUCUCGUCCGAGGGCGUUCACGACGCAAACAACGUGCGGAUGCCGGAUCCCGUCUUCUCUGGCUUCUUGAAACGGGUUCCCUUUGUCCCCGACGAUGUAUUGAGUGGUGCCAAGACCAUGAUUGGAGCGCUUAGCGCACGAAACCUCAUCAAGGAGAUAUCGUUUGCGGAUGUCCUUGCAGAACUGAAGUCACGACCCCUCACGGAAGCGGAAGCAGUAGCGUGUUUGAAGUGGUGGAUCAACCUUCACAACCAGGAAAAUCGCAACGGGAACGAUCCUCUCGGCAUAUCCCAAGGUCGCUCGCAACUCCUAAACGCAGCAGUCGUCACGACCAAGGCGGGUGAUGAAGAGAGCAUUAUCACGUUAUCGACGGUCAAGACGUUUCUGAAUUCGCGCGGUUCAGGAGGCAUGAUCCCUAGCGAUGGCCCUCUCCCCCAGCAUCUCUUACCUCUCGCUAUCAGCAGGAGCUUCGACCCCGAGGUCCUUGCCACUGUAUUCUCCUGGAAACAGCUAUCGGUCCUGGAUUGGUUACGCUUCGUCACGCAGCAGCCUGUCGCCAAUGUUGAGUUCGAUCUCUCUCGAUCUCCUCAGUGGGCUGAGCGCGUCCUACUUGUCCUUUCUCGAGCGUGGCCCUCCAUGUCAAAGACUCAUCAAGACCAGGUCAUCGAGAUAUUGAAAGCAACGACCUGUGUACCCACGUCUUCGGGCAUGAAAACCCCCGAGCAGGCCUAUUUCUCCACUGUCAAACUGUUCCAGGAUUUGCCUAUUGUCACUAUGCCUUCCGGUCAGGCUGUCAGGGGUCCGCUCGAAAAGCUUUUGACUGCGUUAGGUGUGCGUAAACACGUCGAGCUACAGAUCAUCUUCGACAGAAUGAUCAAGACAGGGGACUGGACCAUCUACGAUCUAGUUAAAUAUCUCGUCUCAGUCAAGUCCACCUUGUCUUCGACCGAGCUGGACAAACUGCGUCAAACAGCCGCUUUCCCCUUAGAGUCACCAUCAAAAGAUUCCAAGGUGACAAGACGGAAGGCAGCUGACCUCUAUGAGCCAUCGGACACACUAAGAGACCUGGGGCUCCCCAUCCUCGACUGGGGCAAGGACAAUAAGUGGAGACCGUCUUCUGAGGAGGCCAAGUUCUUGUAUUCUUUAGGCCUCAGACAAUAUCCUUCGCUCGACGAGAUUAUCCGCAUUGCAGCCCUGGGUGAUGCAAAUCUGCGUACGAAAGGACUAAGAUACUUGUUAGAUAACUUCACUUCGAGGUAUUCGAAUUACACGCCAUCAAUCUACAGCGACGUCGCUUUCAUCCCCUCCAUGCGAGAUUCCAAGGCCGUGUUGGCCAAGCCGUCAGAGGUCUUCGCUGCGCCUGAAUGGGCCGCUCUGGGAUUCACAAUUGUGGAACCAAAUCUACGCGAAGAGGUCGUCACGAAGCUGAAGAUCGAUUUGCACCCACCGCCCCCUCGUCUGGUAGCGCUCCUGGAAAAGGCGCCUCCUGCUCACAGUGUAGCUCGUGUAUGGUUUGAGACCCUCGCAAGUCGGACAGGAGAAUUCUCUAGGGCUGAGUUGAGGAGACUAUCGAUGACACCAUUCGUUCCCGUCCAGGACCCAUCGUCAAAGGAAAAUAUCCGUCGACUUUGUCCGAAUCAAUGUUAUUUCUCUGGCGCAUCCGGGCCCAAACUCCAUCUACGCCAAUUGUUCACCUUUAUUGACUUUGGUGACCGAGCGAAUGGCUUCCUUAACGCCUGUGGCACGAAGAACGAACCAUCCGUAGAAGAGAUCGUCAACAUUCUGCUCAAGGACCCUCAGGAUUUUUUCGGCCGCGUCAAAAGAGAGCACUAUCUUUUGGAACUACGUAACAUUGCUGUUAAUAGGCGCUUGCUUUCGACCGCUGUUGUUGCUCGGAUGCAGAAGUCGCCAAUGUUGGUUGGCCUGAAACGGGUCAAGGUACCAAACAAGUCCGAGAAAAAGGGCGUGGACGGAGACGAUGACGACUGGGAUACCCUCGAUCGAUUGCUCAGACCAGAUCAGGUCAUCGUUGCCGACGACACCAAUGCUUACCAGCUCUUCGGUGACUCUGUCUUCUCUGCACCACAGGAAGAUCUUCUUGAAGAUUUUUAUCUCUGGCUGGGCUCUCGACGUCUAAGUGUUAUGGUUCAAGAAGAACACUCUAAGUCGACCGAGAUAAAAGGAUCGAGAACUGCAUCUGAGAUCAAAGCGCUGAUCCUCGAGCGGCUGCCUCUAUUCCUCCACGAACACACCCACUCUCGAACGCGCAUACAGUUCAGUUGGCUAAGUGCCGACAAUAACUUCGUGGUUCGAUCAUUCGGCAAACUCUCUACCACGAAGGCCCUUGUGUACGAGGGCCAGCGUUUGACUCGUGUUCAAGAUGCUUCAGCGGUAGCCAUUCGACAAGGGAAAGGGCCCAUCGAGCUGUGGUUGGCGGGAAAUACCCAGGUCGACAUGUAUGAAGUUUCAACAUCUUUAUGCCGAUUCUUAUUCGAGUCGCCCAAGAUCAACGAUGCCCUGCUUUUCAUGACGAUCCUUUCGACUGAUAUCCGAGCUCUCAGGCGCAGGGGAUAUAAUGUUGACAGGAUUCUGCGUCAGCAAAAGGAACAACGUGAAGCCGAAGAGAAAGCCAUCAGGAUAGAACAAGAGAAACAUAGAGCGGAGAUGGAAGCCAAACAACUUUCGAAGCCACCAACAGUCGUCCCGACUCCAGUUGGGGUCUCACAUCCCACUGCUACUCCCGAUUCCCUCUUCUCUGCUUCGAUGCCAGCUCAGGACCUCACAUCUUCAACUCCUAGCAACAAUGCGAUGGUUGCGCGUGAUGUCAAGGAAGAUGUCAAACCUGACCUCGCCAGCGACAUAAAGCGGCACUCGACCAACGUGAUGAAUUCUCUUCAAAGCUUCCGACAGAAGAUCGUUAAGAGAAAUGAUUACACGCCGAACGAUAGCAGGCUCAGCAGUGACUUUACGGAGGAAACGAAUUCUGUUGCAGGCCCCUCAUCGCAGGCGUCGAACACAUUGCAAGCUCCUACACGCCCCUCGCCGCUGACACGAAGCCCUACGCCCAACCCGUCGUCAACUGUUACCCCGUUGAGUAACAUCGCCUCCAAUAUCGACAUGGCCAUCAAAUCAUGCACCGAAGAGAAGAGCGACUUGCUCAGAAAUCGAGAACAGAUGCAGAUGGUAAAGGAAUCUUUGGAUGAGGGGUACUGCGAUGUCCUUGGCCGCACAGGGGAUUUAGAUCUCGUUGGAACUCUUGGAGACAUCAAAGUUUAUGCUGCCCAAGAUGUCAAAGAUCGACAUACUCUUGUGGCUCGAAAGCAAGACGCCCUCAAGCGAUUCGUCGAUAUCUUGCACCCUAUACGCAGUAUAUAUAAUCUUCCGCCUGCUACUCUCCAUAUCUUCACCGACACAUCUGGUGAUUUGAUCGCUUUCAACCGGAACGGCAGCAUCUUCCUGAACUUGAGAUAUUACGAGGCCUGGCAUGACCGUGAAGUCACGAUGGGCAGCGCGUCGAAUGCGUAUAUAUCCUGGUUCUUUACGCUCGCACAUGAGAUAGCGCAUAAUCUGGUCCUGCAGCACAACUCAGAGCACGAGUUCUACUUCUCCUCGAUUUGUGAGAAAUACGUAGGAUCGCUGGCGCAUAUUCUUGUUCGUGCUUGAAGCAUGAUAUCGUUAUGGUUUCGAAAUGUUUUGCUUCGGGCACACGCUCUGAUACUGUUUGUGGUUUCGACAUCGAGAUUGGAAUGAC